AUGUCGAAAAAGAAGAGGUCAGCGAAGAGGUCAGCGAAGAAGUCUGCCAGUCUCCGUCUGAAAGCGGAUAUCGAACGCGAAUUGAUGCGCACGACCUAUCAAUUCCGAAAAUUUCGAGAAGUCAAAUUCAUUUCACGUUCGUCCAUCACCGACUUGUAUGGCUCGGGUGCUCCAACCAAGUUACAGCUCAGCCUUCAGGACGACAUCGAAUAUGUGAAACGAGAAGAGCCCAAACUACCGAUUGAGAGCAUGAAGAUUGCGGAUUUGAAGCAUUUCGUGUUAGAUUCCGCACUAAAGCUCCACGCACUUCUCAUUCUCAUCGGUCAAUCGUGGCGAAUAAUCCCCAUUUUCCUCGAAGCUCACCCGACAACGGAUCAUAUUUUCGAACAACAGAACACACACGAUACGCAUUACUGUUCUGUAGAGUUCUUGAAGACAAAACCACACUUGGGUGACAUCGCGGACGCUUUAGCUCGAAAACAAUGGAUCAUCCCACCAGUGCUUUGUCGAGAAAUCACACCAAAAUUUCCUAGACAUUCCUUCCGUUUCCCAUUUGAACAGUACCUGGGUAACGAAGGCGGAGGGUCUGGCGGCGAGGUGUAUCGCGUGAAGAGUAUGGUUCUUGCGCACAAGGAAGUUGAGCUCCGCAACGAUGAGACGACGAGGAUGCAAGAGGUCCAUUCCAUACGCGCGCGUCGACAUCCGAACGUUGUAGAAUUUUAUGCAAGCUUUAUUGCCGGACAAGAAGAUCCCUCACAGGAGAACGAUCCAGUGGAUUAUCUCCACAUGCUGUUCGAACAUGCUGACGGUGGCAACAUGAAGAAGUGGUUGACUCAGGUCACCACACCUGGUAACUUGGUUGAUGAUCUUAAGCGCGGAAACAUGAUCCUACGGUGUGCUCAAGAUCUUGUUAAUGCAGUUACAUUCAUCCACUCGAAGAUUGAAAAGUACAACUGCUCCCAUCACGACAUUAAACCAAAGAAUAUUGUCCUUUUUUCCGGGCCUCCUCCCAUCUGGAAGCUCUGCGACUUUGGCAUGGCCAAUUUGAAACACCACAAAGACGACAGCGGCACGGGUCCGGCGCGUUACGGUGGUCUAGGUACCUAUGAGUAUCAGCCUCCGGAAUAUAGGAGUGAGCCAUCUCACGGGCGUUCAUUCGAUGUUUAUUCGCUUGGAUGUGUCUUCCUGGAGUUGGCCACAGUCUGGGCGUAUGGGUGGAAUGAUAACAAGCUCGGAGAGUUUCGCGACCUCAGGGGCAAAAAUGAACAGAAUAUGGACACACCAACGUACUCGCCAGACUACUCGUACCACAAUAAUCCCAACGUAGUGGAGUCAUGGAACCAAUAUCUUCGCCAGGAAGGUCCCAAUCACGAAUGUUUCAAGCAAUUUCUCAGUCUUACUGCAGACAUGAUGAAACCUCGACCUCGAAGGAUCUUUAUCUGGGAGGCAAACAUGGACUUGUUUGAACUGGCACAUCUGUCUAACAUGGUAGAAAAGAGGUCAGAACGACCCGAAGGUUACCUAACAGCACGUAGUCAAAGUGCCGAAAGAAGGUUAGAACGACUGCUCGAGGACCACUUCAGAACGAUCGUACAGCCGCCUAAGACACCAGUCAACGGCUUAAGUAACUCUCGCAACCCCUUGCAGAGGGCUAGAAAGAGAGGCAAGCAUUGGCAGCUCAAGAUUCUUCAGGACAAUUACUGGUCGGAUGAGAAACCUCAAACAUCAUCGUUAGCGAAAGACCAAGAAGAGCAUUUCUCGACGCUGGAAACUUGUCCGAAGAAUGAUGAAUAUGAAUCUAACGAUUUGUUUGGUCGCCACCAAUUCGAUAAGGAGAUCAGCAAGAUGUUUGACAAGCGCAGCUGUGUGGGGCUCUAUGGGACUAGCGGAGUAGGGAAGUCUCAUUUGGCAUACAACUACAUCAACCGAUUCAGAAAGGCCGAAGUGUUCACGGAAAGAAAACACACCUUUUGGUUGGAGGCCGGCACAGAGGCUCGUUUGCGCAGUACUUUGCUCAAAGUUAUCGAGCGGGUCAAAUUGACACUUACAGAAAUGGAAGAUCCGUUUGUUGCCAUGAGCAGGUGGCUGAGCUUAUCUUCUAAUGGAUCAUGGAUAAUGGUGGUAGAUGGAUUGGACAGCAUUCCGAUUGCUCGUCUGGUAAAAAUGCUUCUACCAAAAGACGUUGGGAAAGACGUUGGGAAAAUCUUGAUUACGACGAACUGUCGAGAUACCCUAGACGAGCUGACCCUAUGCAGAUACGAGUCGUGCAUUCUAGUUGAUGGUUUGGAGCUCGAAGCCCGCCGACAGUUGUUUCAGAGCUACUAUAGAGAUGUUCUGACAUCAACGGCGGAUAUGGAUAGCAUACUUCAACAGUACAGUUUGCCUAUCCUCAUUAAGUUGGUGGCCAGUUACCUUCACAAGAGUGGGAUUUCGCCGGCCACCUGGUACAAAGAAAUGCGAAGCGGGGAUGGUAUCAAGAACCUUGAACAUAUACUCAAGGAUGACCCUCAGGACCUUCGCCUCCUCCUCCCGCUUGUCGCUGAUAUUCCGUACAACAGCAACAGUGAAACAGACUACAGACAGUAUCGCGAAUUCCCAAGUGCUCCACUGAAGCUCUUGGCUGAGCUUUCUUGCCUCGAUAAUUCCGAGAUAGACCUUGCUCUCCUGCAACAAAAUUACGAGAAGAGGGAGACCGUCGGGAAGCUUUGGGAUAUGUUGGGCUUUCUUAAGAACUGCAACUUCAUUGGGAAAGCUAAGCCGAAAGGAAAACCAGGCAAUUCGCAUUGCUACUUCAUGCACGAAACGAUCCAGGGUCUGGUACGCAGCUGGGUAACUAACAGCAUGGGGCGACGAACCCUGCUUCAACUACAUGAAACGGCAUUGUGCCUACUCCUUGCUCAGUACUUGUUCGAUAAGAAAUUGUCCGGCACGCACCGGUCCACCUACCUUCUCAAACUGCCGUUCAUGCCCCAUUUCGAAAGAUUCUCACAAUUCGUUCAAAGUUGCGAAGGAGACAAUCCGUUUCCGGGCUACGAAUGCUCUGACAAUAUGGUACAAUCUGUCAUCACAUUCAUUCAUGUCUACCUUGACGAAGGGCGCUACAACGAUGCAGUAUGCAUUAUGGACUUCAUGCGCAAGCUUUAUGCCAAGGGUCUUAAGUUCAAGCCUCAUUUGGCUCGCCUUCUCGCCAAAGCCUACAUACUGCCGCCCCUGCCAAGGGAGCGAAACACGGGUUGGAAUCAAGCAGCAGAGUUUCUGGAAGAAGUGAUUCAGGAAUGCGCGAAUCAGCGCAAAGACCAACAGCAAAAGUGGCUGUGUCUCCUUGAAUUGAUCGAAUUGUAUUGCAGAUCAAUGCGUCCAAAGGAAGCAGCCAAGGUUCUCAGCAGCUUUAGAGAAAUCAGCCUCCAAACUGACAGAUCCACAAAGAGGGCUCGUCUCAGAAUACAUAAUAAGGAGGCAUAUCUUGGACCAGAGGCUGAACUCGACGUAGCUGAGAUUAGUAUUCGGAAAAAGAUCGCAGAAGCUAGGGUCCAUCUCACCUGGGCGAAGUUUCCUGCUCUCUUCCGCUCCAGACCAAGGGAAUUGGAGAAGUCACGCAUCGCUCUAGAUGAUGCGAAGUUAGCUAUCAAAUUUUUGUUUUCUGGGAACGAAACGUGGAUUGCGGAAGUGGACGAAAGCAUCGCCGAUGUCUUGCUAGAAUUCGACAAUAUGAGUUUAAUUCAGGAAGCUCUGGACAUCUAUGAGCGCAUAUCUGAACUCGCACGAACGGACUUGAAAAAACCGCCGCCGACGACGGAGCGACCAGAUACAGGGUCUGGACCCACACAAACGGACUUGGGAACAACGUCAACGACGACGAAGCGGGCAGAUAAAGACAAGAGAAAGUGGCGCAUUGACUGCAAAAUCGCCCGCGCAAAGUUGCGGCUCGGGGCCAAAUCGAGGCCCACAGCUGUUGACUUGCUUACUCAGACGAUUUCAUCAUACGAAGCAUUCUAUGGGAAACGAGACGGUAAACACAACGAGCAUACGCGUGCCUGUGCAUACCUCUUACACGAUGCCUAUAUGAAAGCUGAGGGAACCGGAAAAGCCCAGCAUACCAAGGACCUAUAUCAUCUGAUGAUUCGAGGCAAUGACUACGUCCCAUAUCCCGACGUUAAGAUAGGAAACGACUUUUUUGAUUGCAUACGUUCUCCGUUAUGUUAUCAGAUUUUCACGUGUCUGGUUGUAUUGUCGUCGGCAAUGGUCUUUUUCUACUCGUCGCGGUACUAG